AGAUCCAGUGACUUCGCUUGGUGAAGUCACGUUGCAACUUUAGGCUCUUCAUCUCCAUCCAAAACAGAUCCAAUGGUCCAUAUCACACAAAGGCAAAAGCCCUCAGCACUUAGCAGUUUUGGACGAGUGCAGGCUGAAGAAAAGAGUUCGCGGGAAUCUGCUCCGCUCUCCCGCGCCGCGCCGGCGUCUCGGACAGGGAGACGGCGCUGCUCCGCCGCAUCGGAGAGGAAGGGGAACCGCACCACACCGCAACAUCUGGGAGAGAGAGCAAGGGACUCGCGCCGGCCGCCGCAUCGGAGAGGAGCCGCGCGGCCGCGCCGGCCGCCGCAUUGAAGAGGAAAAGGAGCCGCGCGGCCGCACCGUCGCUGGAGGAGAGGGAGGGGCGGGCUGCCGCCGGAGGAGUAGGAAGGCCACGCGUGCCGCCGUCGCCGUCGGACCUCUGCCAUCCCGCAUCCAGUUGAGAAUUCAGUGUUGUGCUUCACAAUUGACUAUUGUGAGAUGGCAGAAAUUGGUAAGGGAAUACCUCAAGUUGGUAUGAGAUUCAGAAAUGUGGAUGAGGCUUGGGCAUUUUGGGUUGCAUAUGGGGGUCACGCAGGCUUUGAUGUGAGAAGGAGAUAUGCAAACAAAAGCAGACUUGAUGGUUAGGUUGGUUCAUGUAGAUUUGUUUGUUCCAACGAGGGUCAUCGAAGAAAAGGGCAAACUGAUUAUGCACCAAAGCGUUUUAGAGCUGAAACAAGAACCAAUUGCCAAGCUCGUAUGUCUUUUCAAUUGGAUCGAGAGGCCGGAAAUUAUGAAGUAACCGAGGUUGUGCUGGAACACAACCACUUGUUGCAAUUGCCACAAACUCGCCACUUGAUGGUAUCCCAAAGAAAGAUUUCAGAAAGACAAGCUUUUGAAAUUGAAACCACCGAUGAUUCCGGCAUUAUGCCACAAGCUGCACAUGAGUUUGCUUCUCAUCAAGUUGGUGGACCGAUUAACCUUGGAUAUAGUUGCCGUGACCAAAAAAAUCAUUUGCGAACCAAGCGACAAAGGGAGUUGGCUUUUGGACAAGCUGGAAGUAUGUUGAAAUAUUUUCAUGACAAAACUGCUGACAAUCCAUCAUUCCAAUAUGCACUACAGUUGGAUUGUGAGGAGGAUAUAACCAACAUAUUCUGGGCUGAUGCUAAAAUGAUCCUUGACUAUGCACACUUUGGUGAUGUUGUCACAUUUGACACUACUUUUGGCACAAACAAAGAGUAUAGGCCAUUUGGUGUUUUUCUUGGGCUCAAUCAGUUCAGAGAAACUACUAUUUUCGGUGCUGCCUUGCUGUUUGAUGAAACAAAGGACUCAUUUAUAUGGCUAUUUGAGACUUUUCUAGCUGCACAUAAUGGAAGACAACCUAGAACUAUUUAUACGGAUCAAGAUGCGGCAAUGGGAAAAGCUAUAGAGAAAGUAUUCACGGAAUCAUAUCACGGGUUGUGCACCUUUCACAUUAUGAUGAAUGCUGUCAAACAUUUAUCUCCAGUCAAGGGUGAAGAGAAAGAUGUAGGAGAGGUCGAAGAGGAAGAUGAAGAUGAAGGGGAGGUGGAAGAGGAAUCUCAUAUUCUCUCUGAUUUUAGUGCUUGUAUGUUUGGCUAUGAGGAAAAGGCGGCAUUUCAAGAAGCAUUUGACAACAUGCGACAUAAAGUGCAUAAGCAAACUUGGUUAGAUAGUAUCUACAAGGUGAAAGAAAAAUGGGCUGAAUGUUAUAUGAGAGAUGUCUUCAGUUUGGGAGUGAGAAGUACACAACUAAGUGAGAGUUUCAACAAUGCAUUGAAGAACCAUUUGAAAUCUGAUUUCCAUAUUGUCCGAUUCUUGAUGCAUUUUGAGAGAACGGUUGAAGUAAAAAGAAGAAAGGAAUUGGAAUCUGAAUAUGAGGCAAGGAAAAAGUUGCCAAGAAUCAAAAUGUGCACUCCGAUGUUGGUGCAAGCAAGCAAAGUGUAUACUCCCACUAUUUUUGAAGCUUUCCAAAGUGAAUAUGAAAGAUCCAAAUGUGCGGCAAGCCAAUGACUUUCUUAGUUCUGCAAAACUGAAGAAAAAGGAGGUUUCAUCUAAAAAUUUAAGGAGAAAGCAAACUUGGUUUGAUAAGUUACGCAAGGGGCGAAAGCAACCUAAAUCAGCGGCAACAACAAAAAAAGAAGCAAGGGUCAGCUGCAGUAUGUAUGUACUAUCUGUUCUUAUUCAUUCCUAAACUAACAAAAUGAUUUUUCAUUUACAUUGGCAGCAACAACAACAAAAGAAAAAAGACAGUGUGCAGCGUCAAGUGCAAGUGGAGAAUGAUGGCACAAACAAAGGAGGGAGUCCCGUAGGAGAAAGUGAGAAGCGUCAAAAAUACGAAGCAAUCGACAGCUUUACCAAGCUUUUGACAACUUCACGAGUUGACGAUGAUAUCUUCAUGAUGAUCUGAUCUAGUAUCUUCAAAGUUACUAGGUAGUAUUUUGGACAGGGUUAACUACAAUAUUUUGGGGAUUAACCAGUCUUUUUUGGCCUAAGUGUACAAGUGAAAUGGCCUGCUUUUGUGUACUUGAAUGAUUACUCGACAUUGGCAUUUCUUGCUGUAGCAUUUGGAUGUUCUAUGUUGCAGCCUUUCAAUGUCAAAUGUCACUCUAUAAUCUGUUUCAUGAGUAUUGCCAGUCAAAAAUAUGUA